AUGGAAAACGUCUUUACUGUGCACGGUGUUGUGCUAAGUAGACGAGGGUCAUACAUUUUAGGAACCUUGAUCUUGUCGUCACAUCAUCUUGUAUAUACAUUCACGGCAAACCCAAAACAAGCCACAACGACAUCAGCGUCAGCAUCAACUACGUCGAGUCCACCAAAGGAAAUAUGGAUUUGCUACCCUAUAAUUGAGAGGAUGGCGAAAAGUCGAGGGUCGACCUGGCUAAACAACAAUGCAGCAACUUCUAGCUCCUCAACCAGAACAACGUCCACCAACUCCCCCUCACCUCAGCCUCAACUAUCUCCACCUCAAAUUGAAGGUUUUGACAAUUAUAGUGCCUCAAAUAUAAGAUUGCAAUGUAAGGAUUUCACGUAUUUUUCAUUUGAUUUCAAAAAUGAUUUAAUAUGUACUGAGGUGUUUACAAAGUUGAGCUCGUUGGCUACGGUUGCCAAAGUUGACAACGACAUCAAAUCAUUAUAUGCAUACGCGUAUGUCCCCAAUAAUUUAGAAAAGAAGUUGGAUACAAGAGGAUGGGAUAUUUAUGAUCCAGUGGCCGAAUAUACCCGUUUGGGGUUGAUUCCCAAUGAAAGCGAUAAGCAAUUUUGGAGAAUGACUGAAGUGAAUGCAGACUACAAGUUUUGUCCCUCGUAUCCUUGCAAAUUUAUCGUUCCCAACACAAUAUCCGAUAAUGUGUUGAAACAUGCUGCUAAAUUCAGGUCCAAACAAAGGAUACCAGCAGUAGUAUACAAGCAUAAAUCUAAUAUCAACGGAAAUGUCAUAGCUAGAUGUGCUCAGCCUCUAGUCGGACUUAAUUUACAAAAUCGGUCAAUUCAAGAUGAGAAAUUGAUUGGUGAGAUUUUCCAUUGCCAAGAUGUCGAACGCGGAUUCAGGUUGAAACUGGCUGAAGUGGAUGAGGCUUUUGAGUACCAAUCGCAACAAACACAGAGAAAUUUACUAGUUGAUUUGAGACCGGUGACGAAUGCAAUGGCCCAACAUGCGUUGGGAGCGGGGACUGAAAAUGUAGACAACUACCGCAACAAGAAACCAACCGGAAAUGAUGAUUCAAAUGGUGACGACAACAACAACUCACAUCAUUCAAGAAGUCCGCGACAAGUGGACAAGAUUUUUUGCAACAUUGAUAAUAUCCAUGUGGUGAGAGAUUCACUAACUAAAUUAACAACAAUAUUGAACGAUCUUGAUAGGUUUCAACAACCAUCAGUUCCAGGUCAAGCGCAAAGUUCUGUUGUUGCAGCAGCGGCUCUACAGCAUUCAUUAACCAAAACACAAUGGUUAAAUCGACUUUCAAUUAUAUUACAGUCUGUUGAUCGAAUAACCAAAUCGAUUCAUUUAAAUAACACCAAUGUGAUUAUACAUUGUUCCGAUGGUUGGGAUAGAACAUCACAAGUAUCAGCAUUGGCUCAAUUGUGUCUAGACCCAUAUUAUAGAACAAUGAAAGGGUUUAUGGUAUUGAUUGAAAAAGAAUGGGUCAGCUUUGGGUUCAAAUUCAAUACCAGAGCUGAUCAUGGUGGUUGCAUUGGUGCUGUCAUGAAAAAAGAAUCCAAGAAGCCACACAAACAAGUAAGUCAACUACGUGAAGGUAACAAGAGUGGUGAUGAAGUGUCGUCGGAGUUAUCAAUCGACAGUUUGCAAUUGGAGAACAAAUUAGCAAGUGAGGCAACAUCAGGUGCAGCAGGAAGCGCUGCUGGAGUUACUGCUACUGCUGCUGCUGCUAGUGUCACUUCGUUUUUGCAAAAAGCAGCUCGAGCAGCUCGCGAUAUUAAAAACAGUGCUCAAAAUGGGUUAUCUAAUUACCCUGAUGGUAACACCAACUACAACCGCCCCAAUUCACCAGACAGCAACACCGAUAAACCGUUUUAUUCAACUACCUCAAGCAUCUACAGUGGCAGUAACGAGCGAUCACCAGUUUUCCAUCAAUUUUUAGAUUGUAUCUACCAAAUUGUCCGUCAACACCCAACAAAAUUUGAAUUCAAUACAAGAUUUCUCAAACGAUUAUUGUAUCAUUACUAUUCAUGUCAAUACGGAUCUUUUCUUUGUGAUUCUGAACGAGAGUUGCUACAAGUUCACAAAUGUUAUGAUCUGACGGUUUCAAUUUGGGAUUAUUUCAAUUCACGACCAAAUGAAUUUCGUAAUAAAGCAUAUAACGAUAACAACAACAAUGGCAUUGUUGAAGGAGAUGAAAGUGAUUCUGGUUCCGACUUUGAUGGGGUUAUUUUCUUCAAUUCGGCUGAUUUGAAGUGGUGGUUUGAAUUAUAUGGCAGAACUGAGGAGGAGAUGAAUGGGUUGUCUAAUUCUUUGGAUCGAAAAUUUGCUCAAAUGGCAUUAAGGAAGGAAUAG